AGAGGUGAAAGUUGAUAGACUAGGUGACCCCUUGUGGUACAUGUGUGAUUUCGUCUCUGCACGUUUGUUUGUGGUUUUUGCAGCGAGGUUCGGCAGGUAUAGAUCAGGAGAAUGUCGCUGAUGAGGAGCAUCCUCCGGCUGCAGCCAUUGGUCAGCUGUGCCACCUCCAUCAUCAGACAACCUGUCUGUCAUGGCAGAUCAGCCAAUCAGCUUCUCUCCUGUAGAUCACAUGACCUGGUGAAAGUUACUGCUGUUAGGUACUAUGCAAAGAAAGGUAAGAAGCCCCAGAAGGGGGGAAAGGGCGGAGGUCGGGUGGAGAUCAACACAUCUGUAGGGUCAGAGGUCACAGACAUUGAAGCAGUCCGAGGGAAAAUGCAGAAAGCCUUGGAUGCGCUGAAGGAAGAAUACGUCAAAAACCUCUCACUGAGAACUUCUGUAGGUUCCUUAGACAGCAUCUCAGUUCAAACAGUAAACGGAAGAUUUCCGCUGAACCACCUUGGACAGAUCGUCAUGAAGUCUCCACAGAUGUACCAUGUCAACAUGGUGGGGGCACCUCAGGAAAUCCCCUCAGUCCUUCAGGCUAUCAGCCAAUCAGGGAUGAACUUGAAUCCCAUCCAGGAAGGCAACACCAUCAAGGUUCCCAUACCCAAAGUUACAAAGGAACAUCGUGAGAAUCUAGCCAAGAAAGCCAAGGCAGGGUGCAACAAGACAAAGGACCAGAUCCGAGACAUCAGGAACCAGGCCAUGAAGGAGGCUAAGAAGGCAAAAGCAACCGUCUCAGAAGACACAGUCAGACUGGUAGAGAAACAGAUACAACAGCUUACAGAUGAUUUCAAUGGUAAUGCAGAGAAGAUAUUAGAAGAAAAGAGUAAAGAGUUAUUGAAAUAGGACUUGUCUUACCACUUGGCUCAAAUGUUGUAAUGAAUCAAAUUUCAACAAGCAAAACUACAGUUGAAAUCAAAUUCAGUAUUAACUUAACUUCCUUACCAAUAGGAAUAGAUAGUAUGAAAUAAAACUCAACAGGGAGAAUUAACUGUAAAGGAUAUCAUUGUAUAUAAUAGAUAUAUACUGUACUGAAUCACAGUAUUUGAAUGAAGUCAGUUUUACCACAAUGAAAAGACAUAUGCAUAUGGACAUUGUCAUCAUACGAUCUACUGCAUAGCACAUUUCAAAUACCCAACAGUUGUACUUUAAAAUUUAUACAAAACAUUGAUGUUUGAGAUACCAUUACAACAUGGAAGAGAAUUUUUAAAAACAGCUACAUGUAUGUUGUCAAAACAUAAGUCAUUACAUUAUUACUGUGAUAUUACAUAGAAGUACCAAUACACCCGUAGUUGGAGUAGUUUGAAUACCAGGAUGUGGUCAUAAAAUUUGUCACCCUGUUUUUAGACAGAAAAGUACAUUCAGUAAAAAUAUUUUCCAUCUUUAUUCUAUAUCCUGGCAGUAUCAUCUUAAAAUAUUUUUGAGUUGAGAAAAUAAAUUAUCAUUU